AUCCGCUCGUGUCACUAUGCCAAGCAACCACCAAGGACCACGACGUCCCCAAGCAGGCUGUCAACCGAUGUCGCCUAAUGACACCCUGCAAUGCAUGCCAUGGGGACAUCACAAACGGUAAGCUCAUUGGCACGCUUCAAUUUGAGUCCGUCGAGGCCUGGGCAUUCACACAAAAAGCCAUGGCGGGAACGCAUCGCUCGUCGAACUCCUUUGCGUCCCCUUCCCCCUUACCUUGUUUAGAGUCAUUUCCCCCAAGCACCACCAUAUCACACACACUCGCUUCAAAAAAAAAAAAAAAAAAAAAAAAACCCUUAGAAACCACCCCCUUCAACGAACGUCUUAGACGGGGCCAAACGUGCAACAAACCUCACCAGCUAGCUGCAUACUCUGCCACAAAGCAAGCGAGCCACCAUGAGGCAAUAUGCAACCCCGGUAGCACUUCUCGGCUGGUAUGCCGUGACAGUUAGCGCCGGAGCCCUCAACCCUAGGCAGUCCGGCAACAACCAGGUCUGCAAGCCCGAGGGCUUGUCGAACCCUGUGCCGCCCUGCGUUUCCGUUGAAAACAUUGAGUGGCAGUGCACGCCCAACGGCACGGAGCCACUCGCCUUCGAGGCACACAAGCAGUGCAUGUGCGGCGGCAGCUUUUUCAGCGACUGGAUGGGCUGCGAGUCCUGCCUGCAGGCGGCCGGCGAGCGCUCCGACCGCGACAUUGCCCGGUACGCGUCCGUCAUAUCGGCAGCGUCGUCUUCCCUGUGCGGCUCCGGCACCUUGACCAAGUCCUACAAGGAGAUCUUUUCGAGCGUGGACGGUACGGUGCCGCCCGUGACGACGGGCGCGACCAGGAGCUCGGAUCGCCUGUCCGGCUCCACCCAGGUGAGCAACUACUUCACCGCUACGGGGACCCAGGGCCCGGGUCCCAUUAGUGGCAGUGCCACGGCUGCCACCAGCAGGCCCGCGGAGACGGAGACGCGGGGCACCACCAGCUCCUCGCGGACCACGGCGACUACGGGAGGGUCCAGCUCCUCGCCGUCGCCGGGUUCGCAGUCAAACACGGCAAACGGAAACGAGCCAGCGACGACCAGCAGUAGCACCGGAUUGGGGGCGGCGCCGACGGCGGCAAUGGGAGGGAUGGCUUUGGGGCUCGCCGCGGGAGCUUUAGCCGCAGUGUUGUAAUGGGGACGUUUUGGAGCUUCUAUCGUGGUGAGGAGUCGCAUGGGUGGAAAGACACUUGGUAAUGAACGGGGUGGACAAGCGUUUUAUGAGCAAAGGGGACUUGGGCACUUAGACGAGAUAUAUGACCGUAUAUAGUGAAGUCCAAGCACCGCUCGAAUGAGAUACCUUGAAAGUUGCUAGCAAACACGAUGGAGAUGUAGAAAACAUGAGAAACUAAGAGGUUGGUUAAUGUAGCUCCUCUAGUUGGAGAAUUUU